AUGGAAAUUGAAACGAUGGACGAAGACCGAUGUUUCGUGGCACGCGACUACUCGAAGGGGCUGGCCGUUCAAUUCGACACCGAGGUGCCAGAUAUGCUUCAAGGAAGGGUACGUGAAGCUGACUGGCGGAGAACGAUACGGGCAAUAAACGAAAAAUUUACGGAAGCUGAAAGGAUCGACCGGCUACUCGCGCAAGAAAAUAAAGAAGUCUACGGUCCAGUCGGCGUCCAUAUUCUCAACCCCAUGUUUCGCGGACUUCGAGUGAUAGAGAUCACGGUGAAGCGGCCUCGA